AUGGACAACCUGAAGAAAACGCCAUCUAUGGGGACCAUAAUAACCGCCACAACCCAAGCAUCCAAGCCUGCUUUUCGGAGGACUUUUGACACUCCUGUGAGAGAAGGUCCAGAAGCCACUGUGCCUAAACCUCCACCCUUCAAGCCUAAGUUUACAGAGACUAAUCAGGAUGCUAAAUCUCAGAAGCCUGGGUUUUCUUCUCAACCCAAACCUCCACUUUCAGCCCUUAAACUUCCCCUCACCCCCAUACGGAAGAGCUCCUUGAUGUCUGGGCUACAGGCACAGCAGGGACAGGAGAUCCAAAGGGGAGAACACUGGACACCACCGACCCCCAAACCUCCAACCCCGCAGACUCCACCGAAGCCCCAGCAGGGAGGAGGGAGAGGCUGGGGCCAUGCGGUGAGGGGGGCAUUCAGAUCCAGCUUCAUCCACUCUGUUCCUCCCAAACCCCCGGCCGCCAAGAAACCUUCGUUUGCACCAGGACCGUCCGGAGGCAGGGAGCGUCUCGUUCAUCAGCAGAAGAGUGACAAUCCGUCUGCACCUAAGAAGAAGACUGUCCCUGAUGCCUUCACCCUGGGGAACCCCCCGAUGAAACCCAACAGACCGACGCACAUCGACUUACAGAGGUUCCAGCAAGGUGGAAAAGGGCAAAACGGUGGCUGUCUGGAGACCUCAGGAUGUCCUGUGACUCUUCUCAGACGUGCCCUUCCUGCCCCCUACACCGGCCCUUCACUGGCUGAGAGCCCCCUGCCUGAGCAUGAGAGCCAUGAUGAUCUCACCUCUCUACUUCAACUAGGGUCUUCCAGUAAUAAGGAGUCAGGCGAUAAGAACUUGCCCGAGGUCUAUGAUGACGUAGGUACCUGCAGCGGACUGGAGGGUGAAAUUGUUGGUGAUGAUGUGUACAGUGAUGUGGGCCCAGCAGAAGAACUCUUCAGAUUUCCCCCUCCACCCCCUAUAGAGGAGCUCUAUGAUGACGUAGAUUCGGCAUCGCUCAUAUUGAAAGGGAAGGUUGAACAGAUGGACCCCAAAAUGAAAAAGAAAUUUGAGAAAGAAGAGAAGGAAUUCAGGAAGAAGUUUCACUUUAAAGGGGACAUCCAGGUUCUGUAUGAUGUCACUAUCGUCACCCCCUUGUUCACCAAGAAAUGGGGAACCAGGGACCUGCACCUGAAACCAGGAGAAGUCAUCAAAGUCAUCGUCAGACCAGACAAAGGCGUGCUGAUUGGUCGAAACAACGAAGGGAAAUUUGGAUAUGUUUCAACAAACCAUGUUGCUCAGGAUGCUGGGGAUGUUUACGAUGAUAUUGGAGAAGACUGCAUCUACGAUAAUGACUGAGCAACAAGAAAAGAUUAAAGAGACCAAGAAUGUUGUGCACAC